UGGCAGGUCAUGAAGGCUGUCUGGUGUUUGGGACGAUCGAGGACACUUCCUGUGUCUUCAUGCAGGGUCACUUCCACCUGUACGAAGGUUACUCCCUCUGUCAGGUGACGUUCCCUGUGAGGAUCUUUAAGCUGAUGGGCGUGGAGUCGAUGCUGGUGACCAACGCCUCCGGAGGGAUCUGUCCCGACUUCAAGGUGGGAGACAUCAUGAUCAUCAAAGACCACAUCAACCUGCCGGGCUUCGCUGGGCAGCACCCACUGUGUGGACCCAACGAUGAGCGUUUCGGGAUCAGGUUCCCCUGUAUGUCCGAUGCCUACAGUAAGGACCUGAGGCGCCUGGCUGUGGAGGUGGGCUCUGAGCUCGGCUGCAGUGACUUCAUCAGAGAAGGGGUCUACUGUAUGGUCAGCGGACCCAACUUUGAAACCAUUGCUGAGGCCCAAAUGCUGCGGAUCCUGGGCUGCGACUCUGUGG